UUACUGGCACCAGUGUAGGUGGCAUCUAUAUUUAUAAGCCUAUAUCCUUUCUGCUUAGUCCCCUUCAUCAUCUUUCUUGUCGUGUUCCAACAGAUUUCUGAUUUGACAAGAGAUACAUAAUUACUUACAGUAAGGCAGGUCCCUUGAAAUAAUCGAAUUGAGCCUUGAAGCAGAUUCAAGAAUCCAAAAUGCAGGGACUUCAGAGUUUGUAUGCUGCCUUAAUAUUUGGUGUUGUAAUGUUGGGCAGAAGAGGAGAGGUAUCAGCAAUGCUUUCAACGCAGUAUUAUGCAAACACAUGCCCCAUUGUUGAGCAGAUUGUCAUGAACACGAUCUCUGCUCUCUCUAUUACUGAUCCUACCACUCCUCCUGCAUUGCUUCGCCUCAUCUUCCAUGACUGUCAAGUGCAAGGGUGCGAUGCAUCGAUUAUGUUGGAUAGUGAGAGAGGGAUGACGUCGGAGUUAGUUUCAGACAAAAAUUUUGGAAUUCGAAAGCUGAAUGCCAUUGACAGAUUGAAGAGUGCAGUGGAAACGGCAUGCCCGGGAACGGUGUCAUGCGCUGACCUAAUUGCAUUAGCAGGUCGAGAUGCAAUUCGAAUAGCAGGAGGGCCCACCAUUCCUAUUCCUCUGGGAAGAAGGGACUCUCCUACCGCCAGCAAUGCUUUCGCUGAUCAACUUCUUCCCCCUGCCACCAUUUCUGUGGACGCCAUGCUCCAACUCUUUGGACGCAAAGGAAUGAACGUCGAAGAAGCCGUGGCCAUGCUAGGGGCGCAUACGAUUGGAGUGGGGCAUUGCGUUAACGUGGUGAAGAGACUGUACCCACAGAGCGAUGCGAAUCUAGGGCUUAUGUAUGCGAGCUUUCUGAGGAUUAACUGCCCCACGAGUGUACCGCUUACAAACUUGACCUUUAUCGCCAAUGACAUGACAAACCUCCGUUUUGAUAACCAGUAUUACAGGGAUUUGACCAAUGGCAGAGGUCUCUUCUCUAUCGACUCAGCCAUUGCCACUCACCCCAGAACUGCCCGCGCUGUCCUCAACUUUGCCUCUGAUGAAAAUUAUUUCUUUCAGAUUUUCUCCCAGGCUUUCAUUAAGCUUACUACUUUUGGAGUUCUCACUGGAAAUCAAGGCCAAAUUCGCAACAACUGUCACUUUGUUAAUUAGAAUUCAUGGCAAUUAUUAGAUACUCUGCACUUUCAUCCCCGUGUAUUGAGAAAUAAUGGAGCUCCAUGAGAUCUCAAUAAUUAUACUAGAGCAAUACGUGGACAUUAAGUGUAAUAGAUGGCAUUUAAAAUAUGUCUAGCCACAACUUUUAAGUGUAUAAAAUUUCGCCAUAAGCUGGGGAAAUCUAGGAAAUAAAACCAAUCAAAACAAAAUUCAACAA